AUGCCUCAAAUGGGUCAACCCAAGUGGCUCGCGUGUCUCAAAUCACGAUUUAGUGGGAAAAGCAAAAGCAAACACAAAGAGUCACUGGGGAAUGACACCGGUCAAGCAUCAGCAUCAACUCCCCUCAAGGAGUCUAAUCAGUCCUUCGGCGAAACAACAAAGCCAGUGGGGAGCUCACAAUCUAAUCGCCAUAGCUCCGAACAUGGACAGAGUGAAAUCGAGUCAAAAGAGCAGACAAAUUAUAUAUCCCCCGUUAUAGAUGAACAGGAAAUACCAGAUGUAGAAGGCAUUUGGGAAGAGGCCUACGGUCGCAUACGCAAUAACAAGGGGAUGGAGAAAUUGGUGAUUGAAUAUGAGAAACUAGUCCGUUCAAAGCUCCCGUCGGCGACGGACCCUGAUUCUGGCAACGUCAACAACGAUCAGAUGCCCCUAACGCGUCAACUUGCUGGUCUAGACGGGGAAAGUCGCCAGAAAUUGAUGGACGAGUUGGUCGAGGAAAGCAGCAAUAGCGCAGCUGAUAUCAAAGCAUUCGAUACCUUCUCGAAAGUAUUCAACUCGACCAAGGAUGGAAUAUCGAGCAUGCUGGCUGUUUACCCACCUGCCUCUAUUGCCUGGGCAGGGGUCUGUUUAGUAUUGACUCCGCUUGUCAAAUACAGUGAUCAAGUUAAUGCGAGUCAUGAUGGCCUCCUUUAUAUUAUCACGAAGCUUCCGUGGUAUGCGCACUUGGUCGAGCUUCUGAAAUCUGAAAUAUGGCAGUCUCCCCAGCAGUUCCGGCAGUCCAAGGCCCCUCUCAAAGAGGCAAUCAUAGAGCUAUACAGGCUCAUCAUUGAAUUUCAGAUCUUGACUCUGCGAGAAUGCCAUCACAAGUUCAGAACUCUUUCCAAGACCUUCGUGGGGCCGGGCUCAUCCUCGGAGGAUAGACUGAUUAAAAUACAAGAAGCUGAGAGCGAGGUGCAAAAGCAUAUGGAAAUCGAUUUCAGGACACAAGUUUUGGACACACUCAAAGGCAUCAGAUCAAAUUCAGCUCAAAUGGAGACCAGCUUGACAUCAGAACUCAACAGGCAAUUUGCGUUGAGGCAACAGUCAAAGCUAAUCGCAAAGUUUAGGCUCGACAAAACCCGUCUGGAUAUUGAUUCGUAUCAAGCCUACUACGAGGCUAUCAGCAAUCCUUCAAGUGGAACAACCGAAGGCUUCCGCGAACACAGGGUAUAUCGAGAAUGGCGAUCUGGAUCAACUCGUUCUCUGCUUGUGGUGGCCCACCCCGGUACUGGAAAGUCGGUGCUGACCAAGUCUCUUCAUGAGUCACUUUCGAAACCAGGUGGACCUGCGGUUUGUUCAUUCUUUUUCAAGGACCGCGGUGGUCAGCAAAAUAACAUGAAUGUUGCUCUCUGCCACAUUAUGUAUCAGUUGUUCCAGAAUCGACCGGACUGGAUAGUCCACGUGGCGGAUGAUAUUCAAAACAAGGACCCGGGAGACAUACGAUCGAAUUUCAGCUUUUUGCGAGAGCUCUUUCAUAAGGUCCUUGAUAAUGCUGAGCCGGAUGGUAUUGUUAUCCUGCUCGAUGCCUUGGAUGAAAGUGAGCCUGACUCAAGGGGAAAAUUCUUUCAGCACUUGCACAGUUUCGAUAGCCCCGCUUUGAAGCUCUUCUGCACUGCCCGUCCACUAAGGGACAUCAUCGACGACUUUAAACCUGUGAGGAGUUCCAUUUUGAAUCUCGAUCUAGAUGAGCAGUGUCAGGAGUUUCUUUCGAGGGAUAUCCAGUGUGUUGCCAGUCAACAUCUGAAAGCCUUCAUCGAGAAACAGAGAAUCGAAGAUGAAUCCGUUUGCUGUCAACUCCGCGAGAAGCUCACAAAACGCGUGGAAGGUGAUCGAACGUAUCUUUUUGUCAAAUUACUUUUUGACAUCCUGGAUAAGAAGAAGCUGGGUAUGACAAGCUCGGUAAGGGCAUGGGUCAAAGAGUUCGAGAAUAUUCCAGAGUCAGUCUUUGACGCGUACACCGACCUACUAGACGCAAUAGAUGAAUCAGAUCGUGAAGCAGUCAAAGCUAUGUUGGAGAUUGUGUUGGCCGCACAGAGACCUUUGACCGUGGAGGAAAUGGAAAUUGCCUUGAAGGUUGGUAUGGAUGACGAGGCCUUUGAGCGUGGAGACGAGUUCAACCCAAUUCUAUUCAAAGCAGACAUGUUGGAACGAUGCCAUUUCUUGCUGGUGACAUAUAAUGACCGUAUCUACUUUAUUCAUCAAACGGUUAAGGACUAUCUUCUAUCGGAACAAGAAAGUCAAGUGAAACCGAAGAAGGACAAAAGACCAGCCUGGCUACAAUCGAUCAGCACCGUGUCCUGUCAUGAAACGAUACUGAACAGUUGCAUGCGUUAUAUCUCCGCCCCAUUCAAUCAGCGGUCGGAGAUAAUAUCUGUUGAGGAUUUCUUCCACCUGCCUCGUUAUGAGCAGCUUGAGCAUCAACAAUGGUAUUGCGACACUUUUCCACUUGGGGAAUAUGCGUUUUGUCAGUGGUUGGUUCAUCUGCGUGAAAUAAGAACCAAAGAGGAAAGAAGUCCCGAAAGCCUUACUGUAGUGCUUCAAAGGCUUCAAGAGAAGUAUUUUGGUCUAUCUUUUGAUGUCACAUUGUCCAUGCUCUGUUGCUCCAGCUUUCCGUCCGAAGUAGAGGCGAGGCUUUUCCAAAGCAUGGUACAGUUAGGGAGUACGAACAUGACCGAAGCUCUCAGCAGCAUGUGUGAAGGCCUAAUAAUGCGAUUUAUCAAGUUCAGCUCACUUGCUGAUCUCACUUGCGCGAUGGAAAUUAUCGCCGACGUGGCGGAGCAGACGCCAGAAGGAGACCCCAAGCUCGGUCAGUUGCUUAUUAAUUUAAGCCGGGCGCACAAUGUGAAGGAUCUCCACGAUAUGAAUACCGGGAAUGAACCCUGCAACACUGCCUUGAAUAUUAUCGAAGAAGCUUUGCAGGUAACACCAAUUGCUAGCGUUUACCGAGCUAGGGCAUUGCAUAUGCGCGGUGUUUGUACUCGCCAGGGCGACAUCGAUCAGGCAAUCAAAGAUACCGAGGAGGCCCUGAUUCACACGCCUGAUCUGGGCCAGCCAGAUAAACAGCUAUUUUGCCAAUCUUUGGCGCUCCAUUUGGGCGAACGAUACUGGUGGGCGGAGACACCCAAUGAAGAUGACUUACUCAGGGCUGUAGAGAUUGCACAGGAGGCCACAAACGGCAUGUCAAAAAAACAUCCAAACUACUCCAGUGCGCUUCUUGUGUUGUCUCGUUUGUUGCUGACAGCUUCUCGAAGCGAUCCUGACGAGCCAAACUAUUUAAAUCAGGCAAUCGAAGUGGCAAGAGAGGCAAAUACAUUCAGAUUACCCACCGAAUUCAUGGGUAGUCAGUGUCUUUAUGAGCUAUCUCAGUGUUUGAUUGAUCGCUUCAUUCGAGACUUUGACGUUAAAGAUCUCGAGGAUGCUCGUGAGCUUAUCGAGGAGGGCUUGCGAACAACAGCGCAGUCAACAAGCCUGAGAUCUAGUUUCAUGAAUUUCAGAAAUUUAGUGGAGGGGGUUGAAGUGGGUUUGAAGGGAAUAGAAAGUACAGAUAGCACUUCCAUAUAA